AUGACGGCCCCGCAGGCGGAGACCCCCCACCACCACGGCAGUGGCAGCGGCAACUCCCCCGGCUCGGGGGAGGACUCCUCCCCCCUGUCCCGGGGCACCGACGGAGACAUUUCCUCGUCCGGCGGCGCCGCCUGGGACGACGUCCCCCCUCCGCCGCCUCCGCACCCGUCGCACCGCCACGGCCUCCCUGCCCACCCCUCCGCCGGGCAGCGCGUCAAAUUCAUGUGCAGCUACGGGGGAAGGAUCCAGCCCCGCGCGCACGACAACCAGCUCACCUACGUCGGCGGGGACACGAAGAUCGUCGCCGUGGACCGAUCCGUGCGCUUCCCCCAGCUCCUCGCCCGGCUCGCCGCGCUGACGCCGGCCGGCCCUGGCGGCAGCGGCGACUUCUGCUUCAGGUACCAGCUGCCCGGGGAGGAUCUCGAUGCCCUCAUCUCCGUCACCGACGACGAGGACGUCGAGCACAUGAUGGUCGAAUACGAUCGUCUCCAGCGUUCCCCGUCGAAGCCGGCGCGCCUUCGUCUGUUCCUCUUCUUCGCCGCCGCCGGUCGCACCCCUUCCGUCGCCGACGCCGCUGCCGCGGGGCUCUCCUCCAAUCUGAGGCCGUCGGAUCGCCAGUGGUUUGUGGACGCCCUCAACUCGGUGCCGGCUCCGCCGGCUCUCCGGACCGAGCCCAUAGCCGCUUCCGUGUCUCCGCCGGUGGUCGCCCUCGGCAAUCCUGAUUUUCUCUUCGGGCUCGAGGAAGGGAUCGGAAAUUUUUCGUCCCCCCCGACGGUGCACGAUUCGGUUCAAGAAGGCAAGGCUACUGCGGAUGCUCCUCCUACGGGCGGCUCGAUUCCGGCGGCUGCGACGGGAUCAGGCUCGACGAUGGAGGAUGAUUGGGUUGGAGGGCCCGGGGAGCCGCUCGUCUCAAGUUCAAGUCAGCCCGAGAUCCACCAGUGCCCGAAGCAGGAGCUGGAGGCGCUGCAAGUCGGUAAUGGUCAACAGGAGGCUUCGCCGGCGGGGGCGGCUGACUGGCAGGAGCAGCAGCAGCAAAGACCGCCGAAGGGUACCGACGAGGAGAUAAUUCCCACCGGCUACCCCCUCAGCGCCGUGGAGUAUUACCCGCUGCCGAACGACCAGUCGGCUCCGGAGAAGGCUCCGGCGGCACAUCAGAUCCCGUUCGCGUACCUGCAAGAGAGCGUCCUGUCUAAUGGGGGGGCCGUCUACGCGUCGAUGGCCCGGUUGGACCAGCCGAUAUACGUCAUCCCCUCCCCGUCACCUCAGGGGAUCUACCCGGGCCCAGCCUUGCCGGCGCUGAACAACAGCCAGAGCAGCCGAGACUGUUACUACGCCGCCGCCGCCACCACGCAGAGCGUGACUCCGCGCGGUGCGCUGCAGCAGCCCCCGUACCUGGUGUCGCCGCCGCAGCAGCCUUCGACGAAGACGGUGGCGCGGUACGCGAAGCAUGGCCCGGUGGAGGGCAAUGGAGUUGCCGGCGGGGCGGCGCCACCCCAGCUGCUCACUGCGUACGACGUCGUAGGCAGGCCGCUUUAUGUCUGCGUGCGGCAGGGGACGCCGCCUGCUGGUGGGAGCGUCAUGUCGGCGUACCAAGCGAAGGCGGCGACCGGCGGAGAGGACCAGCGGAGAUCUACCACGGGGCAGCCGCCGCCACCGCCACCGCAUCUGGCUACGGCGGUGGGUUCGUCGUCGACAGCUGCGACCAUGGCCCAGCUGCUAAAUCCCGAGGUGAAGCCCGCCGCCAAGCCAUUGCAGGCGUCGUAG